CCGCUGUUAGCAUAGCUAACGGGCUAACGGUUAUGUCCGCUGACCAGCGGCUGCCAGCUGGAGUAGAAGCUGCCGCUUCUUUUGCCUUAUUAGCCAGCCGAACAUUAGAAUUGUGGUUGAAUAAAUUUGAGGCAGAUAAAAUUUUAUUUUUAUCGCAAUUUUUAUGUCUGCGUUGGAUAUUAAAAUAAUCGCAGAAUGGGAAUGUGCUUGCCGUGCCUUGGUGGAGCAGCGGACGACGUUGUUGUCACCCCGGAUCCAGAGACAAGGAGGAGGCAGUUAGCAGAAGCUGCUGAGAAAAGACAAAAAGAGACAGCAUACAGGGGGGUCAAAAAUCCAGAUGCAGUUGAAAGGAAAAGGAAGAAACAAGAAGAAGUCGAGAAGCAGACAAUGACCACCUCUGUAUCCGGUGGUGGCGGUGGAUUAAAGUGGCAGGUUGGAUGAAACCCAGAAGGCGAAGUAAGACCUGGAAAGUUGGAAUCCACAUGGAGUCAGUCUGCUGGAUUACUUGAAGAAGAAAAAAAAGUUGAAUAUGCUGCCCAGUUAAACUCACACUGCUUUUUUUUUCUUUUUAAUGACAUGUCAUCACUAUUUAAUACAGACGUUGGUUCAGAGAAAUGGAGCCUUUCCUGUCAAAUUAUGUCUGACAGUUUUGGACAUUUGGACAGGUCAAAGUUUAGGUUCCAGCUUCUUGGUCGCUGAAAAUCCUAAGGAAGUGUAAUAGUAUCCGUUUUGCUGAACUUGGUCGGCUGAUGGCCGUUGCCUUUUUUAUUGGAAGGCUGGUUUCUUUGAGGUUUUACUUUUUUUGCACCGUUUUGUGUUUGUUGCAGGAGAGCAACCCCCUUUUUUUCCCCUUCCAAACCAUCUGUCCUGAUGAUACAAUUGCGUUGCCACUUUGGUUAUUCCACUCAGCAAACUUUCAGCCUUUAUUUAAUAAUAAAGUUUGAUGUUAAACAGCGGUGAAUAUUUUCCAGAGCAGGGCGAGCGUUCAUGACCCUGGUGCAUGCAACCUCUACAGCACUUUAUAAAUCAGUCCCGCUUCAUUGUACUGCUUGACUUUAUUCAUUUGAAUUUAACUGUAAAACACUAAAUAUUUAUUUGGUUUGAUUUAAAGAGUUUUUCCCUUUAUUGUAUGAUUUGCCACAACUCCUAACUUAUUACUAACUUAUUCUCUCUGCUGUGUGUGGCGGUUUUCCGAAGCAGCAGCUGUGCUUUCCUAUUCUCACACAAUGUGCCCGAUUACAACUUUAGUGACAAAUGUUCUUUGAAGUGCUUAACUGAGACUUUUAUCCUGCAGCUCCUUCAAAGCUUCUGGUGCUCUAGUCAUUUUGUAGGACAGAGAAUAUGGCCAAUAAUACUUGCUACAGUUAAUAAAGCACAUUUCUGCUA